AUGCAUAUAGACAUCAACGAGGCUGAAGAUCAGGCGCCAACUAUCUACAGACCUUUGGACGGAGAAAGAAGAGAGAUCAGGCUCGUGACACUCAGCCCUAGAAACUUUGCAGACGACAUUCACUGCACUCUAUCAAGGUCCUGGCUGGAUGGCCAACCUGCAAGUUAUGAAGCCCUCUCAUACGUUUGGGGUGAUGAUGGCUCUCGUAGGCAAAUAUUCAUCGAGAACAUUCCGAGCCUCGUCACAGUGAACUUAGAGGUUGCACUCCGACAUCUUCGACGACACCAACAGCCGAGGAUCCUAUGGAUUGAUGCAAUAUGUAUCAACCAGAACGACAUUGAUGAGAGGAAUGUUCAAGUAAGGCACAUGGGGGACGUCUACAAAUACGCAUCUCGUGUUAUAGCUUGGCUUGGCGAGGAGUCCGACGAUAGCAAUCUGGCUUUUGAUGCUUUAGAGCAUUUUCCGAGAGACCUUGAAAUGCAUUGGGAUCCGAGUAUGAACGCCUCAUUGCAAGCAGAAGUGUUCGAGCCAAAGUACCUUGAUGCCUUUCAAAAUCUCUUUCGACGACCGUGGUGGCAUCGUGUCUGGACCGCCCAGGAGAGUAUCCUAGGACCAGUUCUGGACAUUAUCUGUGGGAAGAGGCAGGUGUCGGCCGAUCUUUUGCGUGAUGUGUACUUGGGCCUCCAAAAGCAUGAUGGCUCUUGUUGUCGUGACUUUUUCUGGAACGAGCGGCUUGAUCUACGAUUCGACGAAGCUGGACGUCUCUUAGAGCGCCUAACGGAUUAUAGGCAGAAGCUCCUUGAGCACCUUCUCUCUAAUUUCAGGUCUCGGCAUUGCUCUGAUCCUCGCGACAAAGUUUAUGGAAUGUUGGGGCUUUGCCAUGCCGACCUGAGAAAGACAAUUAUUCCGUCAUACUCGUUGCCUGUCUCGUUGGUAUAUGAAGAAGCUACCUUAAGGAUUAUAGAGAGUCAGGGUUCCCUCCAUGUGCUAAGUCAGAUUAGUCCUGGAUCAUGGGAUAAGGUUGCACGUACAACCGAAAAUCUGCCUUCUUGGGUCCCGGACUGGGCAUUGGAUAUGAGUCAAAAGGAGAUUCAGAUCCUUGCAGUGCGUACAUCGCUCCUCGACCAUUAUUAUGCCUCUUCUGGAGCAGUUGCUUGGAUACGUCAUAGCGAUAGAAGCAGCAUUGUCCUUGGAGGAAUCAUUGUAGGUCGAAUUGGCGCGGUUAGUAAAAGCACAGGGUCAAAUUGGAACGAAUACCGAAGUACCUUCCUCGAAUGGCGGCAGAUGGCAGGUAUUGAUGAGGCUCCAAAUCGACCGUAUACUAGUAGACCCCCAACGACUUAUUAUAACGCAUAUAGGCAAACAAUUUCGGGUGCCAUGAUGCAAGACCGUUCAAGCCUUCAAGACCCCACUAAGAAGACAAGGGUUUCAGACAAUGCCGCAUUCCGUUGCUGGCACGAUGCUUGGUGGAAUUGGAUACAGGUGCACGAUGGAGACUUUCGAAAGAUACAUUUGGCCAGCUCCGAGUACACUGGAACCGAAAUCUCACUUUUUGGAGCUGGGGUUUAUGCUUCUACGGGCAUGCGAAGACUGUUGAUCACCGAAGAGGAAGGAUGGCUUGGACUGGCACCAGCGAAUGCACGUAUCGGAGACGUGAUUGCACUCCUCCAGGGUGGCUCAGUGCCAUACAUCCUCCGACCAAAGCGGCAUGCAGAGACUGGAACUUAUAAAUUCAUUGGAGAUGCAUACGUGCAUGGCAUCAUGGAUGGGGAAGCAUGGGAUAUUGACGCUUUACAAGAUAUAACUCUGGUCUAG